AUGCAAGCAACUACACGACCAGUUCUCCGUAUCACUACGAAUCUAGCUAUUCUCCGAUCCCUCUCUACCACUCCAAGAAUCAUGGGCGCGGGUGACCUAGGUUCGACAAAGUCGGGCUUCAUGGCCGAGUAUGGGACUCACUGCGAAAUCGAUGACGUCAUAUCUAACCAUCCCAAUAGGAAGGACUCUUUCGCCAAACGCGAGGCUGCACACGAAGGCAUGUACAUUCGGGAAAGAGAAAUGGAAAAGCUCGAGCGUCUCAAAGCAAAGGUCAAGGAGCAGCGCAAGCAUAUGGAUGAACUCGACAAGCACCUUGAGGAAUAUACCAAGAAUCAGGGAGGCGAACAGAACUAG